AUGGAACUCCAUCCCGACUACCGAGAUGUUUUGUACGAGAUUCAGGAUCUUGAUCUGCCGCAGGACGACUUCAAUUCGACUUUAAAAGACCAAAUCAUUAACGAUGGCGAGUUCCUCAGUUUUGUGAUCAUAUUGCACGACCUCGUUGGCUACCUGUUCUUCUUAGGUAUGUACGGAGGUCGUCCAUGGAUUCAUGCAUCACCUUACGUCCCUGCCCGGUGGGCGGAAGAAGUGAACGAGAAACGCAAAUUGUUCGAAGCUGGAACGGGGGAUCAAUCCAUCCCUGGGCAACAGAAUCACUUCACAGACCAUCUUAGUUUCCCUAUCGAAGGAGGUCUUAAGCUGGAGGCGAUAGAAAGGAAGACACGCUCCGAAGAGAUUUUACUAUGGAAUCUUGAAAUAUCCAUCAAGGACACGAGAAAGCAGGCAGCACUGUGGCAACUCAUGCACGGGGAGAUGUGGAUUUGA